CGCUAAAAUCGAGCACAAUACAAUGGCCUCGUCUUCUUCUUCGCCUCCACGGGAGCCUGCACGAGAAUCUGCACCGGCGCCUGCACUGGAGCCACCAGAGCCGCCUGUACCGGCGCCUCCAGCGGAGCCUGCACCGGUACCUGUAGGACUGCCUGCACCACAGCGUGCAGCGGAGGCUGCAGCGCUGCCUCCGGCGGUGCCUGCACCCAAAUGGGUCAUGCCGUCCGUCUCGAACCUUGCGCAGCUCCUGCCGACGGGCACGGUGCUGGCAUACGAGGCGCUGUCCCCGACCUUCACCAACCACGGCAAUUGCAAUAUCGCCAACAAGGUGCUCACCGGGGUGAUGAUAUUGGUCCUCGCCAUCAUGUGCGUAUUCUUCUCCUUCACGGACAGCAUCGUCGGCAGCCACGACGGGAAGCUCUACUACGGCGUCGCGACAUGGCAUGGCUUCAACGUGUUCAACUUCUCCGACGACCAAGAGAGGCAGGAAUGGACCGUUCUCGACUUCAAGAAGCUCCGCCUCCGGUGGCUGGACAUCGUCCAGGCCAUCUUCACGGCCGUGGUUUUCCUCACGGUGGCGUUCAGUGACGUGGGGCUGCAGAACUGCUUCUUUCCAAAACCCGGCGGAAAUACUCAGCAGGUGCUCAAGAUCCUGCCGCUGGGCAUGGCGAUUGUGUCCAGCUUUGUGUUCACCAUCUUCCCCACCAAAAGAAAGGGCAUCGGCUUCAACGACAUCACUCCUCGCCAGACCGCAAGUCAAUCAAACGCAGUUUGACUCCGAGAAUUUGAAGAACAAAGGACCAGCAAAAACCCAAAAUGCAAAGCAAUGCAACGAUCAAUAGGUGGUUCUAGCCGUAAAUAAGAAGUUUGCUGGCUGGCUGUCAUAACUUACAGCAUACUUUUGCCCUAGCUGUAAUAUUAUUUCAGUUUAUACUUCUUACCUUUGAACUGUAUACUGGUGCA